UCUUUGAACAUUUUUUUCCCCCAUUUUACAACUUCACUAUGACCAGCCAGUUGCAGCAGCAAAGAGGAACCAAGCGAACGCGCUCGCUGCUCGACGUGGACGACGAGAACACUGCGGCGAUUCUGUCGCCAAGCACGACGUUGAGCAGCACGACUGCUACAAGUGCUGCUGCGCCGGUCUCGCGCGCAUCGCAACGGACUCGCACAAGCAGCACAAGCAGCACGAGCAGUAGCAUGGGCUCGAGCAGUGCCACGACAGACGCACUCCUGCCAAUCCUCGCGCUGGCAGACCGCGGCAGCGCUGACGACAAUCUUCCCGCCACGCAGCUUUUUGGCGCCCACAAGCUCAGCGAAAACCGCCGAACAAGAACGUCGUCCCGCCAGUCACCGCAGAGUCCGCAUGUCAAGCAACGACUUCUCGGGCAGCACCGACCAAGAACAUCCAUGGUCGUAUUUGACGAAACUGAACAAUUGCAACCCAUCACAAUCGACGAAUCAAAGCUGCGAGCGGACGAGGACGAGGAGGAAUUGCUUCAGGAGCACAACAACGAACCGGCAUCCACCACCGGGUCGGAUUUGGUCGAGACGGCCGCAGGAUCGAGCCCGCCUCAAGCAGUGGCCGCCAUGCACUCGCGACUCAACCAUUCGCCGACUGCGCAGCAAGGAUUUGGAGCAAUCGAGGAGGGAUUUAUGCGGUUUCUUGCAGCGUCUCCAGCUCAGGAACGACCUGCCGGUUUCUUGCGCGUCAGCGACUGGAUUUCGAGCGACUCGUUUCACAAGAAUCAAAUUGCCGAAAUUUACGACUGGCUCAAAUCGCGCGAGGAGCAUUACGUGCCCGCAUCUCGCAAUUUCUACACAAAGCAUCCAACCAUUAUUCCCCGCAUGCGAGCUAUUCUGAUCGACUGGAUGAAGGAGGUCUGCGAGGAAUACGGGAUGCAUCGCGAGACCUUCCAUCUAGCCGCAGAAUUUGUGGAUCGGUACCUGCACUCUUCCCGGGUGGCCGUCGACAAGAACAAUCUCCAGCUGAUUGGCACGACGUGCAUGCUGAUUGCUUCGAAGCUGGAGGAGGUUCGUCCGCCCGUUGUGGCUGAUUUUGCCUACGUGACAGAUAGUGCAUGCACGGCCCUCCAAAUUGUGGAAAAUGAGAUGAAAGUGCUCAUGACCUUGAACUGGGAACUUUGCCCCAUUACGGUCAAUGCCUGGGUUGCAAUCUUUCUGCAAAUCGCGACGCUUCGCCAAAAGGAAGAUGUCAGCGAUGCCUUGCUCUUGGCUCAAGCAUCGCCAGACGCAUACACCAAGAUCAUGACAUUGCUGGAUGUCGCUAUUCUUGACAAUCCCAUGCUCGAGUACUCGCCAAGCCUGGUUGCAACUGCAGGGUUGUUUGUGACUUUUGGCGGGCAAUCGUCUACGAUUGGAGCGCAGUGGCAGGACGAAGCCUUUGUGCAAUCUGUCACGGGCUACACUCUGCCCGAGCUCGAAAGUGCCAUUUCAUGGCUGCAGCCGAUUUGGAUGCAGAUUUGCGUUACAGAGCCGCUUCAACGAUUAGUCUCGCAGUUUGCACGUUUGGUGCCCGAAAGCGAUCAGCACAAUCUACAAACCAAAUCGCACGACAUUAGCAUUUUGAGUCACUUCCAUAGCCCUCAGCAUCGCAACACGUACUGAACGCAAUUGCUAGGCCCCAGCCCCAGCCCCGCC